AUGGUAUGUUUAUUUUCGCUUCUGCUUUUCACCCUACUGAGAAAUAACAGAACACAUGCAAAAAGGAAUACACACAGAUUGAGCACGGCCCACUUCAUACAUUUCCCGGGUGGAGAGGUUCCCCAAGGGAAGGCAAGGCACAACUGGGUAGGCAGGGGCAGCGCUGUUGUUUGCAGUGGUGUGUACAGCCGCUGCACCAAAACCAGGGGUCUGUCGUCCAAUUCGCUUCUGCGGUCCAUAGAGGAUGAAGAGGAAAACGCCACACUGAGGGACGAGGGUGCAUCAGAUGGUGCAUCAUAUAUCACGACAGAUGGAGUGGCGAGAAGUGACCCUGGUACAAAGGAAAUGAAAAGUGUUAAGAAUGGCAACUUGUGUAUGGAUGCUGCCAAGGGUGUGGGUGGUUUCCUCGGAGGAGAGGGAAGGCAUUUAGAGGAAAUUUCUCCUGAAGGAAAACCAAUUCACAAAGGCAGGAGCAGGAUGAGCAGAAGGUACAGGAGGAGGGAGGGGAUCAUUCCCCGAGUGGAAGACAUCAAAGAUAUGAAGAAGGACCUGAAGUUAUUUUUUUUCAAAAAAAGAAUAAUCUACUUGACGGAAGAAAUAAAUAAAAAAACGACCGAUGAGAUGAUCAGUCAGUUGUUAUACUUAGAUAACAUAAAUCACGACGACAUCAAAAUUUACAUAAAUUCCCCAGGAGGGUCCAUAAAUGAGGGACUAGCCAUUUUGGAUAUUUUCAAUUACAUCAAGUCAGACAUACAGACAAUAUCUUUUGGCCUAGUAGCAUCUAUGGCAUCUGUAAUUUUAGCUAGCGGGAAAAAGGGGAAGAGGAAAUCUCUGCCCAAUUGCAGAAUCAUGAUCCAUCAACCUCUGGGAAAUGCAUUUGGACAGCCCCAGGAUAUAGAGAUACAGACCAAGGAAAUUCUUUAUCUGAAGAAACUGUUGUAUAAUUACUUGUCCACUUUUACUAACCAGACAACUGAGACCAUUGAGAAGGACUCAGACAGAGACCACUACAUGAAUGCGCUGGAGGCGAAGAGGUAUGGAAUAAUUGAUGAGGUGAUUGAGACAAAGUUGCCACACCCAUAUUUUGAUGAAGCCGUGAGGGAGUCUAGCAGUGGUUGA